CAAUCUGUCUCUGGUCUACUGCCAUCAGCCUGGUUAUAUGUGAUACACCUUUACCACCUUCGCUGUGUACUGGACAGCAAGCAAUGAUCGUGUGUUUACUCCGAGAAUUGCUGCUACUUCAUUCAUGAAGGGUGGUACACCCACUCGUUCGUAGUGAUCUGUUGGAAUGCAGAUUUUGUCCCCAUUCUUUUGUGUGAGCGCGUAUAUGUCAGUGCAAAGUUCUUCGAUUAUAAUUACCAAAGAAGGCUAGUCGAAGGUAAGCGACCGUGUCUUCCAGUUAGUCGACUUCGAAAUUUUUAUUAAAAAACAGCUGUGCUUCCGCUAUUCUAAUCUUGAAGGAAAACAAUCAUUAUGAAGAUAUAAACAACACUGGCCCAGCAAGUGACGUGCGGGGCGAUAACGUACUCGCGAAGUGCUAUGGUCUGCUGUGUUAUGUAUUAGUGUAUGAGAAUCAAAUUGAUUAGCGAGUAAAAGGUGCAAUGAAAUAACCUUUCUCGGUAGCAGUACCGUUCGAUUGUGUUGAGGGAAGUAACUUUGAAUUGUACAAGUUUGGCACAUUACGUCCACAGGACGGUUUUUGCAUAGAAAAUCAGUUCUUCCGUUGUUAGUACCCGCAGUUAAUAGGUAAACUUAUUCCAGCUUUAGAAAUUGAACGGGUCCAAAUGAGAUUUGUCGUGUGAAAGUUCGGUGUCAUAUAUGCAAGACUGGGUACAAGAACAGUAGUUUUAUUAACUCGACGGCGACGUCAGGCAGUAUCAGCGUCACGGCGCCAUCCAUCGUCAGUGUCGGUGGUGGCGGUGUAAGUCGCCGGGUAGCACAAGGUGACGAUUUAUCAUUACUGAAACAAACAAGCGAGACGUCUAGGUUGAACACGCGGCGUCGCAGGGAUGGCGGUGUCAAGAUUCAGUGAUGUAGACGAGUAUGGCUUCAAGCGGGAGCCGGAUUUCGACUAUCAAUCCUACGAAAACAUCAUGUCCAGCUACUACACGGUGCUGACGACACGUAGCAUAAGGUGGCAAAAGUUCGCCAAAGAUGGCGACAUCCUCACGAAUCCCCGCAAGCUCAAACGAUUCGUACGCAAGGGUAUUCCGGGUCCAUUGCGAGAAGAGAUAUGGAUGAAAUCUUCCGGGGCAGCCCGCCUACAGCAAAAGGAGCCGACCCUCUAUCAAACCCUGCUGCGGUACGAGUUCGAUCAGGAGAUUUCUGACCAAAUUAAAAUCGAUCUACCGCGGACGUUCCCGGACAACAUCCACUUUGAUCAGUACAAGCUGGGCCUGUACAACGUGCUCAUAACGUAUGCACACCACAACAAAGCGGUCGGCUACUGCCAGGGACUGAAUUAUAUUGCCGGCCUGAUACUGAUUGUUACCAAGAACGAGGAAUCAACGUUCUGGCUGCUCAAAGUACUGGUAGAGAACAUUGUCCCACUCUACCACACUAAGAAGAUGGAUAAUUUAAUCACGGAUAUCGAUGUGCUUAGUGAAUUAAUUAGAAUACGUGUACCUGAUGUGCAUAAACAUAUAGCUGAUUUAGGACUGCCAUGGCCUGUGAUAGCCACCAAGUGGCUCAUCUGUCUGUACGCGGAAGUGGUACCAACGGAAACAGCCCUCCGUAUAUGGGAUUGUGUGUUUCUUGAGGGGAACAAAAUUCUGCAACGCGUCGGUAUCAGUAUUGUGAUCGGUUUGAGGCGGGAAAUACUCGCGACGGACGACAUUUCUCAGCUGAUUGGCCUUUUCCGGGCCCUGGAAAAGAACACCACUCUAAUGGACUGCCAUAUGUUUAUGAGAAGUGUGUUCAAGGUACCCGGCAACCUAAAGCGGUCCCAGAUUGACGCUCUACGAAGGCAGCUGUACGAACAGAGGAAAGCAAGCAAACGGAAAGGUUCCUAGGGGUUGCAGGACUAUAUCCAGAAGAGAUAUAGACUGAACCUGGUGUGAACUAAUGCACACUUUCAUUAUAUGAACGUUACUCCCCAGCCUCGCAUAUCAGUCCCAUAUACAAAAUGAACAUGUUAAAAAAAGACGAUGCAAUAUUUUUGAUUACUUUUACUUCCCUCUGUUACCAGUUGUAAAUCCUGGUAUAAUUGCACAAAAUAUUUCAAUUGAAAUAUAUGUCGGGGUAAGCGUGAUAUAAAUAUAAAAAUUAUGUUAUGUUUUGAUGUUAAGCCGGCAAUGAAAAUAUAUGGGACUUAUGUGUGAAUCCUUUCAUCGACAAAGGCAAAAUUAUUCUCAUAUUAGUUCCACCCGUUGCUCUUGCGAUGUGUGACGUGCUGUAGUUGAGAGUAUUCUACAGUAGGCCUCCUCAUCUUUUCCGUAACAACGUUCGUUGUCUAACUUUAAACGCAAGUAAUAAAACUAGCUAUGGAACAAAACUACACUUAUGCUGCUAAUCUGUUAAGAUGAUAUAUUAGAAGGUGCUAAACAUUCAAUAAAUACUAAACAUGACGCGAACUCAAAGCCAUAGAAUAUUGAAAUUUAUGCCGUUAAAGAAGUAAUAAAAAUUAGAAAAAGUACAGUAUAAGUGACGUUACGACUGAUAAUAUUUAAACAAAUAAAUUUACAUUUAUCCUCUUAGACAGAUAAUCUCAAUGGAUCAUUCCAAGGAAGAAGACGCACAAACCUGUGGUGAGGAGCUUCGAAAUGAUUGUUUUGUUAGUAUUGGACCAAAAUUACAGAAAAAUCUGCCGUGAUAUCAUUUGGCAUAACUAUCAAGAAGUCGUCUCCAGUUCACUCGGUCCAUGGCUCUUUAUCGCCAACCUCGCACGGCACGAAGAUUCCUCAGGUCCUCUUCAAAUUGAUCGAUUCACCUUGCUCGCUGUGCAUCUUUCCCCUUAUGUACCUGUCGGAUUAAUUUCGAAAAUCAUAAGUCAGCUUACCGCAGCCGCCCUACUUUCACUCUGCAAGUACUGGGUGGUUUUGCAAGCAACUGUUGUAAUUCGUGAUUCAUACGUCGUCUCACACUCCUUCUUCCAUAUGCCGAAGAUCGUUUGCAACACCUUCCAUUUGCUAACACUUCGUGGCCGUAGAGGACAACCGCCCUAAUGAGCGUUUUGUAGACGGUUGACUUCGUGCGGUAGUGCACUUUGUUCGACCGGAAGGCUUUUAGAAGAAAGCUCGAUUACUUACUAGAAUACUCUGCCCUAUUCUGCGCGGCGUGUGACGUGAGGUGACUAAACUCACCUCACUUAACAUGACUUUUUUCACUCGAUUCUUAGAGUCGACUCGGGUGAGGUGAGAUUCUCCAUUGUGGUUAAAUGGGCGUCUCACGUCACCCGAAGUGACUCUUCAGAAUUGGGUGAGAAAAGUCACGUAGAGUGAGGUGAGAUAAGUCGUCUCACGUCACACGCCGCGUAGAAUAGGGCCGACUCUCUCAUUAUCGGCAGUGAUCCCAACUACACGAACUCAUCAGCUACCUCGAUAUCGCCGUCAUCAAUCGAUAUACUCGGUUGAAGGCGUUAUGCUUUUUCCUUCGAUUCCAUCGAUGAGAGGCCCCAAAAUUGAUUUUUCAGCGG